CCUUCCUCCUUUGCUCCCUAACAAAAACGCUCACACUCUUUAACAACUCUCAACUUUAAAAACCGAACUCUCUUCUCUUGUCUCUGUAAUGGCACGUCUCCUUCAAGAAGCCACCUCUCCAUCUCCUACGGACGUUUCUCCGACGCUAAACUCCGAUCUCAUAGUCAUCAUAGCUGCUCUUCUCUGUGCACUCAUUUGCCUCCUCGGCUUAGUCGCCGUCUCUCGUUGCACCUGGCUCCGACGUAUCACCGCCACGGGUCAGACUCAUCAACCACCGGUUGCUGCGGCCAACAAAGGAUUAAAGAAGAAAGUCCUCCGGUCUCUGCCGAAGCUCACCUACUCGCCGGAGGAGAAACUCACCGAGUGUGCUAUCUGUCUGUCGGAAUUUACCGCCGGCGAUGAGCUCAGAGUGUUGCCGCAGUGUGGUCACGGUUUCCACGUAUUGUGUAUCGACACGUGGCUUGGGUCCCAUUCAUCAUGUCCUUCCUGCCGUCAAAUCUUGGUGGUUGCCAGGUGUCACAAAUGUGGGGGCUCAAGCUCAGGAUCCGAACCCGAUAUCUAUAUCAAGCAACGUGAAGAUGCCCCUGCUAACUUCUUACCUUGAUUCUUCUUUAGACCCUUCCCCUUUUUACACUAUAUAUUAUAUUGAAAAUCUUCAUUGUCAUCAUUUUAAAGGAUAAUGUUAAUCAAUAAUAUGUAAUUAUGUAGAUGCUUAUUUAUUGUAA